GAUUAGUUUUUCGACUUUUCUGCGCGAGUGAGCGUUGUUUGUGCUACGGUGACUGAAAAUUUGUGUGCGAAAUAUUGCUGGAAAAUCGAUGAUAUUUAUAAUUAUUAAUAUUAGAAAUCACAUAAUUUAAAGAUAAAGUGUCUUAUUAAAGUGAUUGUGUGUGAUUAAGGAUUGUUGCAAAGUAAUUAAUAGCACACAGAAAGUUUUGCGUGCAAAGCCAAAUGUUACAUGUGUGUGCGUGCAAUGAAUGGAAAAAUAAGCAAGAAAGAGAAAUAAGAACGUAUAAACAUUAGUGGAAAGAGUAGUAGGCGACAAAGGGAAGAAUCGCCAUCGCCAUCGCCAUCACCGUCGACAACGGCAUACUAGAAAAAGCAGAAUAAAUAAAAUUGGAGCAAAUGUUAUAAUGGAAUUUUGCAAAUGAACAUGUAAAUAAAAAUUUGAAAUAAAUAAAUACUACGCAUAACUUUCGAGCACUCAUAUGUAUGUAUAUAUGUACAUAAAAAGAGUUGUUAACAUUGGCACACACUGAACGAUAUGUACUUGCAAAGAAUUAUGCACGGUUAGGACGCGGCAGCAGUGAAAAUUAACAAAAAACUUGCUAAGCACGAAUAAGGGAUACAUAGGUAUUCAUGCGUACAUAUGUUCGCACAUGCGGUAAGUAAGCAGCACUCUCAAGGCCUAUGAUUAAUACUCUAUUAUUUAGCCAAAGUAAUUCAAACGCUCAUAAUCUAACGACAGCUUGUAUUGUAUAAUAAAAAAUCGGCUAAAAUAAGAACUUAACAAAGAACAAGUUAACUGCCAUUUAUAAAAAAAAUACAACAAUACAAAAACAAUUAAUAAGCUACGACCUUAAGAAAAGCCGGUCAUUAGAAAGUAGAAACUUCAAUAAUUCGUUUUAAGUAAUAACAGAUUAUAUUAUUCCAAGAUGUGGAACAUUGAUUCGCGUUCACAGAAUGGAGUGAGCACCUCAUCGUCGGGUUCACCCAAUUAUGGUAGUUUCAAUUCCAGCAAUGGCAAUGGCCGAAAUGGUUCACCACACCAUCAACAACAACAGCAACAGCCAGUCAAGCAGUUAGGCAUGACAUCUGCAAUCAGCUUGGCUGAGCCACGCACGGAAGAUUUGCAGAAGACCGAGGAGUUGCAAAAAGCGCUAGAACCCUUUAAAGUGUUUGAAACUCAAGAUGAGCUUAAUCAUCGUAUGGAGAUUUUAGCCAAACUCAAUACAUUGGUCAAACAAUGGGUGAAAGAUGUAUCCAUGUCCAAGAAUAUGCCCGAGGCAGCUGCCGAGAAAUUGGGUGGCAAAAUUUAUACUUUCGGUUCAUAUCGGCUGGGCGUACAUCACAAGGGCGCCGAUAUUGAUGCGCUCUGUGUGGCGCCACGUAAUAUUGAACGUACCGAUUAUUUUAGUUCAUUCUUCGAAUUGUUAAAGAAACAAGCCGAAGUCACGGAAUGUCGUGCGGUGGAGGAAGCCUUCGUCCCGGUUAUAAAAAUGAAUUUCGAUGGCAUCGAAAUUGAUUUGUUAUUUGCGCGUCUCUCACUCAAGGAGAUACCGGAUGAUUUUGAUUUGCGCGAUGAUAAUUUACUUAAAAAUCUAGAUCCACGUUCGGUGCGCAGUUUGAAUGGCUGUCGUGUGACCGAUGAAAUACUAGCGCUAGUGCCGAAUAUAGAGAAUUUCCGCUUAGCGUUACGUUCCAUCAAGUUGUGGGCGAAAAAACAUGGCAUUUACUCAAAUUCGCUGGGUUAUUUUGGUGGUGUGACGUGGGCUAUGUUGGUGGCACGCACUUGCCAACUAUAUCCAAAUGCUACCGCAUCAACGCUGGUGCAUAAAUUCUUUUUGGUUUUCUCACGUUGGAAGUGGCCAAAUCCUGUGCUGCUAAAGCACCCUGAUAAUGUUAAUUUACGGUUUCCGGUUUGGGAUCCUCGUGUGAACGCUUCGGAUCGUUAUCAUCUAAUGCCCAUAAUUACGCCGGCAUAUCCACAACAGAAUUCCACAUUCAAUGUGUCGGAGUCCACAAAGAAAGUUAUACUUAAUGAAUUUAACCGUGGCAUGAUCACCACAGAUGAAAUAAUGCUUGGACGCGCCACCUGGGAUCGUCUCUUCGAAGCGCCAAGUUUCUUUUACAAAUACCGCCACUUUAUUGUGCUUCUAGUCACAUCACAGACAGGCGAUGAUCAGCUGGAGUGGUGUGGCCUAGUCGAAUCAAAGAUUCGUCUAUUAGUUGGUAAUUUAGAGCGUAAUCAACACAUUUCAUUGGCACAUGUUAACCCAACAUGUUUCGACCUUAAGAAAGCCGCCGCCGUUGCCGCCAACAUACAAACCAACAGCGGCAAUGAGGAUGAGAAAACACAGUCGGGUGGCAAUGCCACAGUUAGCCCGGCACCAUUCUGUUCGAUGUGGUUCAUCGGUUUGGAAUUUGAACGCACUGAGAAUUUGAAUGUAGACCUUACAGAGAGUAUACAGAACUUUACCGAACAUGUCAUACAACAUGGGGUAAACAUAAAAAUGCUAAAAGACGGCAUGCAUAUUGAAGCGCGCCAUGUGAAGCGUAAAUCGCUUUCACAGUAUUUGGAUACGGAUUUCUUGAAGCGUGAACGUAAAUCCAUGGAACAGCAUAACAAUUUUAAUAAUGCCAUUUUGGCGAAUCGCAAACGUCUGUCGUCCGAAUUGUCCACACAGAAAGAGGGGGGUACCGCUAAAAAGUCGCGCUUAAGUGAAUCGCAAACGGAGGAGAACUCGAAUGCUUCAAGUGAUGCCGGUGGCAUAACACCGACCUCACAGCCGACUAGUGCACCCAAUUUCACGCCUGAUGGCAAGAGUACCAAUAAUGGGGGUUCAGGCACUGGUUCCGGUUCGAAUUCGCCACGCAACAGUAAUGGCGGUAACAGUAACAACAGCAACAGUGUAAACAAUCAAAAUACAAAUAGUAAUAGCAACAGCACAACAACAACAACAUCAGCUGGUGCAACUGCCGCUGCUACCGCGGAAGUGGCCUGCUCGUGACCGCUGCUCACCACAGCAA